AUGGGUUGUAUGAACGCAGCCAGACGACGUGCCAAGAAGGCUAAACCCGCCCAAGAGCUCGAAGGAGGCAACAAGGCUAUCGAAAACACUUGUCUUCAGAGCAGUGUCUUUCUGUUGUUCAGGAGACUCAGCACUCCCGAAGGCGAAGAGAAUCAUUUCCAAAUCGUUGAUCCCAAAGACUUUAUGGAUGAAUCAGGUGUACCAAGAGGUAACUUCGCAGAAUCAGAGGCAAGCAUUGUACAGAAUGUUGUAGCUACAGUUUGUCUGGGCCUUACAAAUUCUGAGAAUUGGGCUCUUUUGCAUCGUGCCACCAAGACUCCUCGGAGCUGGCCUACAUGGUUUACCCUUCGGGGAAUCAGCAAACAUACCAAAACUCGGCGUCGUGCAUUAGAAGAAGGCCUCAUAUCUCAACUUCAAUCCUAG